AUGUUUGUUUCCGAUGCUAAUUUAACUCCAGAACUAACUGCUGAAAGUAGGGAUGAUGAACAAGAAUUUGUACAUUGUCCAGUAUGUGAUUUAAAGAUGAAAUCAUUGAAGUUAUUGAACAGACAUCUGGAUAAUGACCACGGAUUUGGUUCU